GACAGUUCUGUCUUAACGAUUCUGAAAUUAAUGAAACAUCUAUUUUGUAAAGAGCUGCAGUGUCUUCCUGAAUUGUCAAUAUAUUAAUGAAGCAUGCAGUCCUGCAUUGAACAAGACAAGCUGGGACAAGCCUUUGAAGAUGCUUUCGAGGUACUGAGGCAGCAUUCAACGGGAGAUCUUCAGUACUCCCCAGAUUACAAAAAUUACCUGGCUUUCAUCAACCACUGCUCUCAAGUCAGAGGAAAUUCCACCUGCUAUGGUAUGCUGCCUACAGAGGAACCUGUCUAUAAUUGGAGAACAGUAAUAAACAGUGCUGCGGACCUCUAUUUUGAAGGAAAUACUCCUCCAUCUCUGCCAAACAUCCCUGAAAAUCAGCUGAUACAACCUGCUGUUCUCCAUCAAAAGGGAGGAAAAGGCAGGAAGAAGCUCCGACUGUUUGAAUACCUUCAUGAAUCCCUGUGUAAUCCUGAGAUGGCAUCUUGUAUUCAGUGGGUAGAUAAAACCAAAGGCAUCUUCCAGUUUGUGUCAAAAAACAAAGAAAAACUUGCCCAACUUUGGGGGAAAAGAAAAGGCAAUCGGAAGACCAUGACUUACCAGAAAAUGGCCAGAGCACUGAGGAAUUAUGGAAGAACUGGGGAAGUCACUAAAAUCCGGAGGAAGCUAACUUACCAGUUCAGUGAAGCCAUUCUCCAAAGACUCUCUCCAUCUUAUUUCUUAGAAAAAGAGUUCUUCUACUCACCGUAUGUUCAACCUGAGCAAGGCUUUCUCAGCUUCAGUAACUGGAAUGCAAAUUAUAAUUGUCCAUACGCUGAUUACCAUGAGCUAAGUCACCCUGAUUGCUAAAUAUUCUCCUAUAUUUCAUGAUUUCCUGACAUCAGAAAUCUGUACCAGUUUCAGGAUUUUUCUCUUAAAUGCUGGAGAGGGAAAAACAAUUAACGUCAUUGUCUCUAAUCUUUUACUAAAUGGUUUAUAAUUAUACAGAGUUGGUGAAAAAAAUCUGCCAGUGAACAACUUUUAAAUGAUCCAGCCCCAUUUGAAAAUAUAAACUAAAUGUCCUCGCUCUUACUGUUUAUGCAAUACUUCUAGGUAAACAAUGCUAGUAGAGAUGAUUUGAUCUAUAUAGAUUUAAAUGUUUUCCUGUCAUACACUCAGGCAAAAAAAAAAAAAUCAGUCUAAUGUAUUAUCUGAUCGCUUUAGCAACAGCAAAAUAAUUGCACAUGAUAGUCUUCAUGCUAAAGUACAUUCAUGACUUUCAAAACUUUAUUUUCACUGCACUUCAGACUUCAUGGUCUGCAACCCUGUGGCGCUAAAAAAAUGAUCUAAGGAAAAUGCCACCUACCUUAAUGAUAGAACUCCAAAGCUAUACUUCCCACACAUCAUUUCCUGGCAUCUCUGCCCUGGGGUAGAUCCAGAAGCUAAGAUUUCUUGCUAUCCUGUCACUCAGCCACAAGAAGGUGCUCUUGCCUUGUUAUCUCUGGCCUAACUUCGGAAAACUGUGGACUUCUCCUCCCUUAAACUAGCCCAGCUAAGAUCAGGCUGGGAAAGUUGGAGAAAAAAAUAAAGGAUAGAGACUAGCAGAUAAAUCCAGGGAGGAAAUGGGACUUGAAAGCUAUGGUUUAUUCUGAGCAUUCCAUUAGGAAUGAAGAAAGAAACCCUGUUCUUACUUCCUGCUUGGCAGGUUGAUUUGUAUCCCAUCUGUAUUACCAUGAUGCAGGAGAGCUUCCUAGACCAUAUGGGCCAUCUUCAGUCCAGGCCAAGAGCUUCCUGGAGCCUACCCAAUUUAAUUUGUUACCAUUGCCCUUUUUCUUUGUGUCUUUCAGGGAUUCUUUAAAAAUGGCAGACUAAAUGAAGGUAAUGAUAUUGGCUAUCUGCACAUGUAGUCUGGCCUUCUGGAAUAAACAUGAAUGUUUGCAUCUUCCCCAAAAUAUGUUGAAACCUAAUCCUUAGUGUGAUGAUAUUUGGAGGCAGGCUGUUUGGAAGGAAGAGCUCUCAUGAGUGGGCGUAGUGCCUCGUAGAAGAGGCCCGGAGAGCUUCCUCACCCCUUCUGCCUUGCGAGGACACAUGACGGCCUCCUAUGAACCAGGAAGCAGGCUCUUACAGACACUGAAUGUGCUGGCGCCCUGAUCUUGGACUUCCCAGCUUCUUGAACUGUAAGAAAUUUCUGGUUAUAAGACCCCCAGUUUACGGUAUUCUGUUACAGCAGCCCAGAGGAACUGAGACCAUUCAAUUGUGCUAACCUUAAAAAGUAGGACCUAGCAUUUAUGUUCAUUCCCUGCAAAGAAAUACGCUCUGUAAAUACAAAUUUUACCAGACGUUGCAAAGAGGAAAUGGUGAAGAGGUUUCACCACACAGCUCAUUUGGCAAAUAACUUAAUAGAAUUAACAUUUUCUCUCCAAAGUCCCACCUACAACCGAUGCCAGCUUGAAGGGUUCAUCUUGACAAUUCUCCAAAAAGCCUCCAGUCAGCUCUGAUUCCAUUUGUAUUGUUCCACAGAGCAGAUUUCUCUUUGGCAGAAAUCUGGGCUCUGCCUUUUACAAAAGUGGGCUGACCAAAAGCCAUUUUCACAAGUAGGUUGGUCCUUAAAGACCAGUCCAUUCCUGCUGCCCAAAGACUGAAACCUCCAUACAUUCUAUGACACGUACCAUACUUGAAACAGGGUGGGACUCCCUGUCAGCACCCAAGGACCGGGGAGAGAGACUUGUUAGACUCUAUCGAGGUCGUUCUUUUCCUGGUAUAUGGUAUCCCAGCCUCUUUGGUCACCGUCCUCUGGCUGAAUGACUCAGUUGAACUCUUCUCUGGUGAGGUGUCCAGUGUUCAGUGAAACAGACAUGGCUUUUUCUGUUGUGAAACUUCAGUUCUAACAAUAUUUAUAAGUUUUAUUAAUAAUUAAAGUUUACCAGAUACCUUACUGAAGAGCAAUUUAUUGGUUGGGCUCACACAACAUUGUGAAGUAUGUCAAGUGCAUCAGUGUGGCAGCAUUAGUUACAUCUAACCUGUACAGACUGAUGUAUACACCCACUUAACCAUUAUCUAAAUGAAGAUACAGCAUCUCAUAACCCAUUUUUUCCAAAGCCCACCUUGAACAUAGCAUGAAAUGAAUCCUAUAGUUCGUAUUCUUUUGCAUUUGCUUUUGUUCCUUUCAAUAUAUUGAUGAAGUUCAUCAGUGUUGCUGGAUAUGA